UGCCUUUCAUACUCGUCUCGGAUAAAUAGCGGGUCCAGCCGCCGACAGAUGACGACGAGCACACCCCGCCAACCUGGGUCCAACCUCCACCUCGACACUCACGCAUGCGCAUCAACAAACCACCACGAUGCCGGCCUACAACUCCAUCUUCAACUCCGAGCCCUCCCCCCGCCUAAUCGGCAACUUCCCCCUCCUCCCUCUCCGCACGCGCACCCGCGGCCCGGCAUUCGCUCUCCCCGCCGAUCCAUCCCUCGCGGCCUCCGAGUCGCCAGAGCCAGAUAGCGAGUCCUACGAUGCGCUGGACGAGGUGCUCGGCCUGUUCCGCGCCAACACGUUCUUUCGAAACUUCGAGAUCCAGGGAUAUGCGGAUCGUCUGCUUGUGUAUGGGAUUUUGUGGGUGAGCGAGUGUUUGGGGAAGAUUAGGCCGGCGAUGAGUGCUAGGGAAGCACAGAAGGAAGUUCAGAACGUCGCGCUCGAUACCAACUUCUCUAUCCCAGGCGACCCAGGCUUUCCGUUGAACCAGAUGUUUGAAGCACCUGCCUCCCGCCAAGAUGCCGAAGUCCUGAAACAAUACCUGAUGCAAGUCCGCCAGGAGCUGGCACAGAGGCUACUGGCAAGGAUCUAUGAGGAUGGUUCCGAUAGGCCAAGUAAGUGGUGGCUGAGCUUUACGAAGAGGAAGUUUAUGGGGAAGAGCCUGUGAGGCGCGAUAGGGCGGAGAAAGAACACAGUGCUAGGCGAACGACGAAGAGGGCGGGUUAAAGGUGCAACUGGCGGUUGAGACUGAUUUGAGGCGUCAAAAGCAAAUUAAAUUUCGUGACCGGAACACGAUUGUGUUGAUAGAUCGAUGCAAUUGUUCUCAGUAGGAGAGCUAUUAUAUAUCUACAUCCUGUCC